UGUGUGUGAGUGUGUGUGUGUGUGUGCGUGUGUGUGUGUGUGUGUGCGCGCGCGCGCUCGCGCCGCGCAUGCUGGCAGUGGUUGGGGAGCUGGUUUAUAUAUCGCCCAGCUAAUGAGCUCUGUAGGCAGGGAGGCACUGAGAAGAGAGACAGAAGUGUCCCACUUACACACUCACACACACUCACGCACUCACUGACAGACACAGAAGUGAGUAAAGCGGUGUGCAGCGUGUCAGUGCAGAAGGCUUCGGGAGCAGCAGCGGCACUGUGGAGCGACUUUACAGGAACCGAGCUACAUAAUGCUUGUGUAAAAAGCUGCAGUGUGUGUGUGUGUGUGUGUGUGUGCGCGUGUGUGUGUGUGGGGGGUGUGUGUGUAUGUGUAGUUCUUCACUGAGCUUCUGUGUCAGUGUGUAAAUCGUUAAGCUGAGUGAAGCGGAGCGCCAUGCAGUGCCAAGCCGAGUUCCGGCUCGCCCAGCCCGCGCAGCUGAAAGCGGCCCGGCGGCGCUACAAGACCUUCAUGAUCGACGAGAUUCUGGCCAAGGAGACGUGCGAUUACUUAGAGAAACUCUCUCUAUACUCCGUGUGUCCUUCGCUGGUGGUCCGACCCAAAGCCCUGCACUCGUGCUCCGGCCCGUCAUCACUCGCAUACCCCUUGCUGUCUGUCAUCACACGUCAGCCCCCCAGUGGCCUGGCACAUGUUCCCCAACCCUCGCCCCCUGGCCGGGUCACUCACCUGCCCAUGGUGUCGCCCCAGCAUGCACUGCCAGGUGAGCCUGUGUCGAGUGAGACGCCCGUCAGCAUCAGCAGCGAGUCAGAGACGGAGCACAGCGCCCCCCGGCUGAAGAAGCCACGUCGCAGUCGCACCAUCUUCACUGAGCUGCAGCUCAUGGGUCUGGAGAAGAAGUUUCAGAAGCAGAAGUACCUCUCCACUCCUGACAGAUUGGACCUGGCUCAGUCUCUUGGUCUCACCCAGCUCCAGGUCAAGACUUGGUACCAGAACAGACGGAUGAAAUGGAAGAAAAUGGUACUAAAAGGAGGGCACGAGGCCCCUACAAAGCCUAAAGGCAGACCCAAGAAGAACUCUAUCCCCACCACAGAGGAGAUUGAGGCAGAGGAACGACGGCUCGCCCAACUGGCUGAGAAACAUGAGCAGCGGAGAGGGGAAGUUCAAGUCGAGGUCCAGGAGCAAUUUAAAAAACAUGGAGAAGUGUUUCAGUCACAACCGCAAGACCUGAGCACGAGUGGGAAGAGUGAGAUUCUCCAUUCCCUGAAUCUGGAGGCCUCAGAUGGUGAACAAGUUCCUCAGUUAACACCAGAGAGCUAAAUUUGCAUCUACACUGUUCCAAAAACUGAGAGUACCAAAAGUGCUUAGUGGCUCCAAUCACCAUAGCGCCAAAGACACACAUACAGAUAUUCGUUUUGUUUAAGGAGCAGUCCUUCACUCUGUAGUGGUGCUUUACAUACUCCUGUGGCUCCUUUUGCAGUAAUUUACGAUCACCCGCAUGCAGCCAAACGCACUUCAGCUAAAUUCUCCUAACGCUGGUACCCCGAGUACCAAACGGACAAACAGUAAGUGUUUAUGUUUUAUUUUUCCUGAGCGAUUUGCUCUCCUACACCAUAAUGGCUGCCUGCUUUAUUGCCUUUGUUGAAUUUGUGUCGUCUGUGUACAGCCGUGUCUCGUUCUCUGCCAAAGAUCAUAAAUCUGAAAUAUUGAAAAUACCCUUAGAGGUAAUAGUGCCUUUUUAUCGUCACGUUCAAACGUUUUGUUUUUCCAUGAAUGAACACAGAUGAACAUUUGUACAGGAGGUUAUUUUUUUUUACAUGAUUAUAUAUGACUUUGUAAAGGAAGCUUGGCAAAGGGGGGAAUAAAUAAAUAAAUAAAUAAUAAAAACCUUUAGGGUUGAAUUAAUACCAAGCAAAAAAUUGAAAUUAUUAUUGAUUAUUAUUAUUAUUAUUAUUAUUAUUAUUAUUAUUAUUAUUAUUAUUAUUAUUAUUAUUAUUAUUAUACAUUUUCCAAAGCACAUUUUCUUUAUUGGAAAGCUAAAAUCUGCUUGGUUUUUGAAAAGCUUUAUGUAAUUUCCAGACUUUUUUAUUUUUAUUUUUAUUUUUAUUUUUUAUACAUGACAACCUUCCAAAUGGAUGUUUUAAAAAAUAAAUCUUUUUGUAAAAAAAUAUUUUCCAAACGGCAUUUCCUUUUUUUAAAAAAGCUAAAAAGUUGAUGAAAUUUCAGAACUUUUACAUCCAUGACAAGCUUCCAAAACACAACAUUUGAAAUACACAAUAUUUAAAAAAAGUGUUUUCCUUCUUUCUUUCUUUUCUUCUUUUUUUUUUUUUUUUUUUACUUUCCAUCGAGGAUUUCUAAAGUGAAAAUUGUCCCUGUUUUUUAAAAAGUUGCUAUAAAUUCAGGACUCUUGCAUACAUGACAAACUAUAUUUGAAUAAUCGAUGCUUUGUAUUUAUUUUGUGUGUAGGAGCCAAGCUUUGUUUCAACUGUAUAAAACCCUGCAAAGUGACAUAUUCAUAUAAAAUACCUGCGAUGAUCAUAUGAACAGUGUAUAAAGUAUUGCAUUCGUUUUUUUUUUUUUCCUUGUCUGUGAUAAUGUGUUUUGGAGCUGAGAUGGGCGGACCAUCUGAGGCAGCCUGGCUUUUAACGCCUUAAAUAAAUCCUAUUUACCUGUCA